UCACUUUUAAGGUAUCACUGACCCGGCUGCUUUACUAUAAAUCUCUUACUGUGCUGAGAAUUGUAGUUCAGCAACAGCAUAGAGAUCACUGAUCUUUUCUACACACUAGAAACCAGGGGGAGCUCUUGACAACAUGGCCCUGGUGAAGAGCGGCUGGUUAUGGAGGCAAAGCUGUGUGUUGAGGCGCUGGAAGAAGCACUGGUUUGACCUGUGGUUGGAUGGGAAUCUUCUCUAUUAUCCUGAUGAAAACCGUCGCACGGUAGAAGAUCGAUUCCCCAUGAAGUACAACUGUGUGAAUGUGAGAGCCGGUCAGGAGUGCGGGGAUAUUCUGCCUCCAGACGGGAGCACCCAGGAAUCCCUAGUGACGGUAGAAUUGAGGGAUCGAUCCAAUUUGCUGCUCUGCGCUGAGAGUGAGGAUGAUGCUGUCGCAUGGCAGAUGGCCCUAAUGGACACACAGUUCUAUCCGGUGAAUGUAUAUGACCCAUAUGAUGAUCAUUAUCAGGCAGUUCCAUUCAAUGCCCACCAUGCAGCCUACACCAAUCAGGGUUAUUAUGGGCACGGUUAUGUUCCUUUCAUUGUCAGAGACGACCCUUACCGCUAUUCCUAUGGAGAACAGACGGAGCAGGGAAUUCUUGCCGGAGCGGUAACAGGCUCAGCCCUCCGUUCCCUUGUUUGGCUGCCAUGUUGGUUCUGAGAAAAUAUAGAGGACUUACCCAACCUUGUUAGGAUUAAAGGAUAAGUAAACCUAAAAUAAGUGAAUGUAAAAUUGAUGAGGGGACUAUUCUAAGCACUUUUGUAAUGUACAUUCAUUGUUUAUUUAUUUUUAAUUCCAAGAUAUUA